GGAUAAAAUCCAGCUAAUGUAUACAAUGGUUAAUUAAUUAUUUCUUUUUGUUUACAAUUAUUUCAAGAGCGUGUUAUCACCAGCUAAAGUAGAGACGAAAGAUAACCAGGGUAAGGUGUUCGUGUUUGCAUUUCGUAAGAAAUUGAUCAAAUGAAUAUAUUAUAUUUAUUAGUAUUUCACACGGAGGGCCAUCACACCUCUAUUAACAACAUAAUUGGUAUGGUUGGUCAUGGAACAAGUAUUGAAGGCACAUUGCCAAAAGAAUACAACCUGGAACAGCUAAUUUAGAACUUGGAACAAGAGAAAAAAAAAAAAACUCACUGACACUUCACUAUACCAAGCACUACCUAACCUUGUAGGGUCAGUGGAAAACCUCCAUUAUCCUACUAUUUCUUGGUUUUUGAAGUAUGAAUUUUUAAGUUUUUAUUCUGAAUCUUCUAUAAGGACAAUCAUCAUCAAAUGUUGAUGCUAGAAACCUGAAAAUGGAAUCAGAUACCAAAGAGCAGACACAGGCACAAUCGAUGGAAGAGGUCCCUGAAACCAUUGCUACUAAAGUCCAGGAGCGUAUAAAAGAACUCAAGUUCACAAGAGGAAAUGCGACGCAAGAAUGGCAAAAAUCUGGCAACGAUUUCAUUAUGAGCAUCUUGGACUUCGGAGGCCAGCCAAUAUAUCAUGUGAUACAACGAAUUUUUAUGGUAUCUUUUGCCGUUGUUUGUGUGGUAUUUAACCUGAAAGAUGAUCUUGACUCCCCCGCUAAAGUCAGGGAUCCAACCACUGGUGAUAUAUACGAACAUCGAAUGACAAACCUUGAGUUCAUUCUGUACUGGAUUCGUUCAGUAUAUACAAACAGUAGGGAUUCAGAAUUGGAAGAUGGACAACCUUCACCACCAGUACUAGUGAUUGGUACUCACCUAGGCAGCCUCGAGGGGAAUGAAGAGGAACAGAAAAGAAAGGCUGAAGAAAUAUUCAAUAGAAUUAGGAAAGCAUUGGAAGGGAAACCUUAUGAAAGCAUGGUGUCAAGUUUCUUUGCUAUUGAGAACAGCUUACCUUUCGCCAGGAGCAAUGCUUCUAACAUCAUGGACCAAAUAUUAAAAUUCGCAAAGAUGAUGGUUAGAAAACUACCUUUGAAAUGGUUGCUUGUUCAACAGGAAAUCCAAAAGUUGAAAGAGAAGCAUAUCUACUUACCAACCAAAGAGGUGAUCGCUUUAGUUGAGCGGUAUGGGGUCAAACAAGAUGCUCAAAGGGUACUGCUUGAGUAUCUACACGACCUUGGCGAGAUUCUCUACUUUCCUGAUGACGAAGCCUUAAGGGAUAUUGUUGUUUUAGAUCUGAUGCAAUUAGUUGACAUGUUUAAAACAAUAAUCACCGUUAUUGACCCUAAGCUUAUGAAGCGAAGGUAUAGAGAGGCCUGGUGGAAAUUGGACUUAGGGAUCCUGGAGGAGCAUCUGUUAAGACAUCUGUGGAAGAAGUUCGGAUUUUCAGAUGAGACGUUUGACUUCUUUGUAUCUCUCAUGCAGAAGUUUGGACUGGUGUGUGAGAAAAACAUUACAAAGAGUGGUUUUCGUGGCCGUUUACAAGUGAUUCUACGUAAACGUCAACGUAUUUUCUACGUUCUUUCACGUUUAAAACCUGAACGUAUUGAUAGGCCCACUAAGGAUGAUGGGAUGCAUGCAGUUUCAAUCUUUCAUGACUUCGGUCGGUAUCUCCCUGACGAUCUUUUCCAGCGAGGAGUAACUAAGUUCAUAGAGAAAUUCCAAGUAAAAGGCGAUAAACCUAAACUGUCUUAUGAGCAUGUGCAGUUGAAUAUCGAUCAAUUUCACAAAGUGGUUAUGAGUGUAGCAACAGUCAGGAAUCGUCGUAUGUUUAAGACAACGAUCGCAAUCUUGGAACCCAGUCAGGAAGAUGAGCCCUCACCGACAGUGUGUAAAAAGGUACUGAGUUUCCUCGAAAAGGAACUAAAGCUAUUUUGUCUGAGUGGCGUACGAGGCAUUGAAUUAACGAGGUACAUUGCUUGCGAAUGCAGUUCAGACUCAAGUAGUGCCCACAUGCAAAUCGUGCGCACGUUUGACGAGGAUGUGCUGCCAUGUGGAAGCAAUAUAUUGCCACGCUACCGUCGACUAUUUGGAGAUGACGAGCCACGAUUGCAAGAUCGUCCACAGUCUCAGCAAGUAGUACAUAUACCAACAGGCUUUGUGGAUGACGCCACCAUAGUGACAGUUUCUGACGAGUUAAGUCUCAGCUGGAGAAGGUUUGGUGUCCGUUUGGGACUUAAGUGGUCGAAAGUAAACAAGUUCAUUGCUGAUGGUACACAGACUCAUAAGGCUGCCGAAAAUAUGAUGAAUUACUGGAGGGACAACAUCAGUAGCGAUACUCAUCAAUGUAAAGUGUUGUGCACUGCUCUGAAACAACAUGAGCUCAGUCAACUAGCUGAAGAUUUGUUAGAGUGUGAAAUUAGCGAAGAGAAUCUUGUCACUCAACAAGCAGGAAAAUGUUGUAAUGAUCAAGAUUUGCUGUUCAUCUGUGACAAACUGGAUCCCGAAUCAUGGAGGAGACUGGGAGUGCGUCUUGGACUCAAGUGGACCGAUAUAAAAAAGAUAGCAAAAAACAACAGACAGGUUGAAGACUGCAUCAUGCAAUUGCUGGUUACUUGGAGGAAUAACCAAUCAAAGAGCCAACAAGUACCAACCAUGGUGAACGCUUUGAGACAACAGAAGCUUGUUGGACUUGCACAACGUGUAUGUGAAAAGCAUGGUUACAGUGACGAGUCAGAAGUUGCACCAACUCAGAUAAAUCUGCCGCAAAUUCCAACGCAAGGACAAGGUUGCUUAUAUGAUAUUGACAUGGUGUUUAUCUCUGACAAACUUGAUGGCAAAGAUUUGACAAAUUUCGGCAUCUACCUUGGUAUGGAGAAACAUGAAAUAAAUGGAUUUAAAUCAGACUUUUCACCACCAAUUGUAGACGCCUGUAUUGAAAUGUUGGUACAGUGGCGAGAAAGACAGGAAGCUAAAGUAAAUCAUCUCAAAACAAUUAGUGAAGCACUGAACAAACUUCAACGAAUAGAUAUAAAGGAAGAACUUGAGUCAUACUACCAGAACAAAUAUGAAAAAAUUGAAGCAAAGGUGUAAAGGAACAUUUUAAAGAUCACAGUGCAAUAAAAAAAUGACACCAGAAUAUAAUUUUACCAUACACCACAGUACCACAUAAGGACACUUUUUAAUUAAGAAAUUAUAUUUUGCUCGCCUUUCGAUCAUCCAAACUGCCUAUAUUUGAUGUUGUCAUCCUGGACCGUAGAUAUUGAAUACAAAAUAUACUGAAAACAUUAAUGUCAACUUUUUCUUAACGUGUAUAUAAAAACCAAAAGGUCCACUGAUUUAUCUCAGAUAAGAAAGUAUAAUGCAUACUUUAUGUAUUGAAAUCCUGAUGUUGACAUAAUAUUGAAAUAUUGAAUCCCAACACAAUGACAUGCAUUUCAAUACUUGGAGUAUGUAUUAUACUUUCUUUUAUGUAUAUAAAGUGUAUGUACGUUUUCAAUAUUGAUUAUGCAAUUUAAAUGAUAUAUCAUUACUUAUAUUAAUUUAUAUUAAAGUUCAGGUUAAUAUUAUGCAAUAUAUAUGAUACACCAUGUAAUGGCAUCGUGAAGAAAACAAUUCUUAAUAAACAGUUUGUUUUACAAAUUUACAAACAUUUUACUACUCUAAUUAUGGAAAAUUCAACAAGUAUUACUUUUUAAUUGAUAACUAAUUAUUUAAUAAAAUACAAAAAUUAAGCAAUUCAAA